AUGGGCUCAAUACUUUCACAUUUAAGUAAGGGAAAUGGAGUUGCAUCAAUGCCUGACUUAAACCUUGAUCUUGAAAAUGCUAUACCAACAGAAACAGAAUUAGCAUUAUAUCAACAUGUUUCGGCACUUUUGCAACCUACAGAUGUAUUAUUAGAUUCAUUAAGGCUAUAUGAAGGGUGUGGAGAUUUGAUUAAAAAAGCAAUAUCAAAUCCUACGCCUGAUAAUGAAGAAGAAGCAUGGCAAGCUAUACAACCUGCUGUUGCUAAAUUAAAGAAAUAUUUUGAAUAUUCUACUUUACUUGAUGCACUUCCAGAAUUAUUAAGCGCUUUAUGUGAUGGAAAUGCUUUAAAUAAUAUUGAACAACAACAAGCACUUACCAAGUUAUUAGCAAAUAUACUAGAUUUUGCUUUUGAAUUCGAUUCCUUGAAGGUGAGAACACCAUCAAUUCAAAAUGAUUUCUCUUAUUAUAGAAGAACACUUAGUAGAGGAAAACUUGUAAAUGAAGUAGAUCUAAAGACAGCUAUGAUUGAGGAUGAAUUGGCCAAUAGAAUUUCAUUGUUUUAUGCAUAUCCAACACCAAUGUUAAAAACAGUUACUGACGUAACUGAACUUUUUGUAGCCAAGAACAAUCUUGGUAGAAGUGUGUUAGAAUGUUUGUCAGGAUUAGCUGCUGCUUGUUAUCAUUCAGUUACCAGAAGAACUCAAAAACCAGAAACAACAGCAUUUUGUUUAAGAGUAAUGGUUGUUUCCAUUAUUUUAUAUGAUCACAUUGAUCCACAAGGUGCUUUCAAUAGACAAUCACUAAUAAAUAUAAAAUCAUCAGUAAAAGCAAUUCAAACUCAUGGUACAAGUGAAUGUACUAAUUUAAUAUCUGCAUUGCGUUUCAACACCAAACAUUUAAACGAUCAAUCAACUCCAAAAAAUAUAAAACAACUUUUGAGCG